AUGUUGUGGGGAUUCUGCAAGACAGAGAACCGUGGAGCGCAGGAGCUCGGCCCCGGUAACUCCGUCAUUUUGGCGUCUCCGAACGCAAAAGAAUUUCCCGCCUUGCGCUUCGCUCAAAUCCCCAACUUUCUCACUGUUCACCACUUCGAGUUAUCUGCUGUCGAUAAGCGCCCUGAAUCUGUGGCCGACUUCACCCUUGACGUCUUUUGUGCGAUUCCGCGUCUCUCGUUUCCCCAGAUCGCCCUAGAACGCAGUCGUUUGAGCUUUGAUCUCUUCAUAUUCGCCUUGCCAUUCACCAUGUCUGUUGCAUCUUUGCACCGCGAUACCGCCUUCCAGGCCCGGUCUUUGUUCCGCUCCCUUAUGCGUCAAUCUUCGCAGUUCUCCAACUACAACUUCCGUGAAUAUGCCCGUCGCAAGACGAGAGACUCAUUCCGUGAGCACCAGAAUGAGUCGGAGGAGCGUCGGAUACAGGAGUUGAUCCAGACUGGACUUCAGGAUCUGCGUCUGUUGAAGAGGCAAACGGUUAUCAGCCAGUUCUACCAACUCGACAAAAUGGUGGUGGAGGGUCAAAAGAGCGGAAAGGAGAAAGGCGACCAUGGUAACAUCGUUCGCCAGAAGGACACCGGUCACGUGAUGCUCCCUACGAUCCUGCGCCAUCGCAACGCGACGGAAGCAACGCUACGCUCCGCCCAUCCGCUCCAGCUCCGCCAAUCCACUCCACCCAGCUUUCACACCCAUCCCUCCGCCUCCGGUUACUUUGAGCGCUUAAUCUCGCGCUCCUUUGGGUUCAGGUCCUCGCGCUCAGGGCGACACCUCGACGGCCCUAACCGCACCCGAACCGGCCAAAUUGACCAUGAUGUCUUCGAAGGAUUGCCCGUCCGCCGCUGGUCAAAACAAACACACACCUACUCCCAAGCACCCAAGGCCGUCGACGACUCAGACUUCGGUGUCCAAGGCCCCGGGGCCCCAGUCCUCCCGGAGCUGCCCAUGCCGCGCGACAGCGACCUCUUGCCUGCGGUCAGCAAAGCAUUGUUGCGCGCUGCGCGUGCAGGAUGUAUUUAUAUUCGCCAGAACACUACAGCCGCCGAAAAGGAGGAGAACGACCAGAAUAAAACCGAUGAUCAAACCACGGGCGCUGUUCAAAUGGACCGCAGCUUCACCAGUCGCAAGUGGCUGACUCUUCCCAAGCAUAUGGAGCCGCCGGAGGCGGAGUUCCUUGCUAAGAGACGUCCUGGAUUGUUGUCGCUUUAUGGCGGUGCUUCGGUCGAUGGAAGCUCGGGAUCACUGCCUAUGAGAAGAACUAAGUUUAAGAAGGUUGACCCGGAGACUGGCAAUAUCUCUAUCUACGAGGCAUGGGUGCCUGAAGGGCAUCGCAUUGAGGGGGAGGUGACUGGAGAUGUUCAGACUCUUGCUGAGCAGAGCUCGGUUCCUGUGAAGCCUGAGACACCUGCUCCUGGGACCAUCGUAGAGGGCGUUGGGAUUGUCAACUCGGAGGGUGUCGUGGUUGCAGAGGCCGGUUCAGCUGCUGUGAUGGAACCUCCGAAGCGACGACCGCCUCCCCCGAAGCGAAAGAGCAAGGGUAUUGGGAAGGGUCGCAAGAAGAAGGUUAUGUUUGCCCCAGGAGAAGGUGCCGAUGCGUCUACAGUGCACGGCGUUGCCCCUGGCGCUGAGGGGGGUACUCCUGCUUCCGGAGAAGGUCAGGACUCGCGGAUGACGGUCGACCAGUCCGGUCAAGACGACGACGAUGAGGAUGGCGAGGAUGGUGAGGAGAGCGACGAGGGAGACGAGUCCAUGAUGGACGCGAAGACUCCAGAGACUCCUGGUGGUCAAUCUGGGGCCGAAUUCACACCUCAACCUUCCGCCGAUACCCUGGCGGAAUCCAAAGACGUCGAUAUGGCAGACGUGGCUCCUGAAGCGCAGGUUGCUGGAUCGGGUCAGGAACCGCCUUCGCAGCUACCGGCAGCUGCAACAGAAACCCCUCAGACCGAUGCCGAUGCCCCCGCCUCCCCUUCUGCAACACCAGGUCUGCCUACGGAGACGAUUGAAGAGAUCACUGCUGAACAGCCGGUCCCAACUACUACGGAGUCUGUGGGCGAUGAAGCGCCCAAAGAAGAGUCUGAAGCUCCUGAGCCGUCCUCACUCCCUACUACGAACAGCGCGGCGGAGCCUUCAGCAAAUGAGAAUCCUGCUCAAGAAGUGUCUCAACCGUCAACCAGUGAAGUCAAAGCCGAGGCCCAAUUCGAGGGUGUUGAUGAGACUUCCUUGGCUCCUCCAUCUGCCGACCUCGAGAAGCCUGUCGAUGAGCCAUCAGAGCCCGCAGAGGAGGAAGAGCCUGUGCAGCCGACAGAAGCAUCUGAAGAAACAACAGAAUCUAAGCCCGCUGUCGACGAGCUGGCCCAGUCCGAGGCAGAAGCGCAAGAAUCCACUGAUGCCUCUGCUCCAGAGGCCGCAAAAGGCCAGGAAGCAAGUCCCGAAGCGGACGUUGGCAUCUCUGAAGCUCAAGAAGAUGUGGAAAUGGGUGAUGCACCACGACCCGAGCCCGUCACAGCUAAGGAUGACGAGUCACCAUCCGAAUCUCAACCCACUGAGAUUGAGCCCGUUGAAUCUGCCCCCGAACCAGUUCCCAGCACCGAAGACGCAGCCCCUGCCGAGACCGAGCCAGAGGCAUCAGCGCCCCCAGCCGAGCAGGAAGCAUCUCCUAUCCCUGAGUCCACACAAGCAGAGUCCGCGCCAGAAGAGAACAAGGAUGAGCCCGAGGCUCCUCCCGCGGAAUCCGCAUAA